AUGGCUACAAGGCUUAUUUUGUCUUUGCUUUUUGCACUUGUUCUUGUCACAGAUGCUAGGAAGCUAGCAACGAGCAAGAUGGGUGCACUUCAUGGGGAAAAGACAUCCUACUCUGAUUAUCUCCCUGGUUAUGACUUUGGAUCUGGAUCUGGUUUUGGUGGUGGAGCUGGUUUGGGUGGUGGAGCUGGAAAGGGAAGGCUUGGUGGUGGGGGAGGGGGUGGGGGAGGAGGAGGGGGAGGAGGGGGAGGUGGUGGAGGUGGUAAAAAAGGUGGAGGGUCUGGCUUCGGCUUUGGAAGUGGAUUUGGGUCUGGAAGUGGAGGUGGAGGUGGAGGUGGAGGUGGCGGGGGCGGUGGGGGCGGUGAUUCUCAAGGUGGUGGGAAAGGUGGUGGUUACGGUGGUGGAUACGGUGGUGGGUUUGGAGGUGCACGGCCUUGA